UCAGACGAAGACUCCAACCUAUCUGAAGAAGAAGAAGAAGAUGAAAAGGACUAUAAACGUGGAGGCUAUCAUCCCGUCUUGAUUGGUGAUCGUCUAAGCGAUGGUCGGUACCUUAUUGUCAGAAAACUUGGCUGGGGACACUUUUCAACAGUCUGGUUAGCAAAAGACAUGAAACUCGACCGUCAUGUCGCGCUAAAAAUAGUAAAGUCAGCAUCCCAUUACACCGAAAGUGCAUUAGAAGAAAUAAAGAUCCUCGAACGUGUCAAGGCUGCAGAUCUAGAUGCACCAGGUCGAGAAUACAUUGCUCAACUGCUCGACCACUUCUGGUUGGUUGGGCCGAAUGGAAAACACAUGUGCAUGGCAUUUGAGGUGCUCGGACAGAGUCUUUUGUCGGUCAUCAAACGAUACCGUUACAAGGGCAUUCCUGCUCACAUUGUGCGACGCAUUGCGAAACAAGUACUCCAGGGUCUCGAUUAUCUUCACCGAGAAUGCGGUAUUAUUCACACCGACCUUAAACCCGAAAAUGUCCUGGUGUGCAUUCCUGACGUAGAACAAUUGAUUCGAGAAGAUGACCAAGUGAUGGCACUGGAACGUAAAGUAGAAGACGAAAUAAAACAAAAACAACUAAAAGAAGAAGAAGAACAAAAAGAGAAGGCGACAAAGCAUGAUGGAGAAGAAAAGGAAAAGGAAAAUGAAAAGGAAGAAGCACCAAAAACACCAGAGACACCAGAAACACCAGCAGCGAAAGAUACAUUUGAUUCAAAAGAUAGUGGAGAGACGGCUACAGAAAAUAUAGAGACUAUGUCAAAGUCACGAAAGAAACGUGUGCUCGAGGCAGAGACAGAAACCUUGCGAUUGGAAUGCCCAGUGAUUCCUACAGCAGCACUAGACUUCUCCAAGGAAAACUCUCCGGACGGUGAAUCAACGCAGGCCUUUGAUCAAAUCACCGUCAAGAUUGCUGACUUUGGCAAUGCGUGCUGGACUAAAGGAGACUAUACUCACAUUAUUCAGACACGACAAUACCGUAGUCCAGAAGUAAUUGUUGGUGCAAAAUGGACAGAACGAGCUGACAUGUGGAGCAUGGCAUGUUUGGUGUUUGAGUUAUUGACCGGGGAUUACCUUUUUGACCCUCGGUCUGGUAAGAAAUACGACAAGGAUGAUGACCACCUUGGCCAAAUGAUGGAAUUGAUGCGAGUUGUACCAAAGAGUAUUACUACUGAGGGAGAAUACUCUUCUGAAUUCUUUACACGCAAAGGCGAGCUGAGAAGAAUCAAGAAAUUGCGAUAUCGUCGUUUGAGAGACGUGCUUCAUGAUUCAUUCCAGGUCGAACCACUCGAGGCAGACCGGAUAAGCGAUUUUCUGUCACCAAUGCUCGAAGUUGACAAGAAUAAGCGAGCUGAUGCACAAAAGAUGCUUAAAUCACCGUGGUUA